CGUUGUUCUAUUUAUUUAUGCUAUAUCUCUUCCCUUCCAUAGUCUUCUCGAGAGACCCGAGUACCAUCAUAUGAUACGCUGGGAUGCCAAGGGUGAACAGAUCAUCGUGGAACGCCCUGAACAGUUGGCAUUGCAUGUUCUUCCAAGCGUUUACCGCCAAUCUCGUUUCGCUUCUUUCUCCAGACAACUUAAUAUUUAUGGGUUCAUGCGCAAGGUCAACCUUCGCAACAUAGAUCCUGCCAUAGACGACCCUGAUGCUUCCACUUGGUCCCACCCUACAUUGAACCGUCAUUCUCCCCCCGAGGUGAUCGCUGGCUUCAAACGCCGCGUCCCCCCUCGCAUCCCAAAGGCCAAAAAGCAACAGGAAGGCAUCCCCACAGCUUCGUCUCCUUACAAACCACUGGUCGGCUCCAUCAGCAAACCAAUUGCACCCCCGUUGACCAACCCUGCUGUUCGUUUGCCAACAAAUGGUCGACCACGGGGUUUCUCAGCCUCGGCAGCCAUGCAUCCAAACGUCUCGUCCCCUCAACCACAACAGAUCCCUCGUCAAUUUUCUUCGCAAUUACCUGCUUCAUCUGCUGAUGCCAAUCCAUACACGUUGCACCCUAUAUCCACCCCCGCCCUUUCCAACCCUUACUCCCAGCCCCAAAAUAGCAAAGCAUGGUCCCAUUCAUAUGGCCGCAAUGCUCUUCCCCCAUUGACCAUUCCCCCUGACGUUUCUUCCCUCCAAGGUACGCCUGCUCCCGCAUCGUAUUCUCCAUACCCUGCGGCAGGAUAUGGUCACAACAAUAACAACAACAAUACCAAUGGUGCCAGCAGACACAAUCAUCCCCCUAUUACCCCAACAGAUGAUGCAAAUUAUUUGCCAUCUGUGUAUCAGCCAUCUACUCAGCAACCGAUUCGUGGAGAUUCAGCCGGGAUCUUUGGUGGCAACUUCGCAUAUGGAUCUGACUCCACAGCCGCCAGUCCCAUCAAUGGACCAAGCUAUAGUUCGUCUUCGAGCUUCAUAACGCCGCAAAGUCAGUCUUGGAAUGGAUUCGACGCUCAAGGGACCCAACUACCCCCACUAAACACGAGCCCUUCAUCUGGUGUCGCUAGCCUCUCCGCUUUACUCAACCCCUCAUCCAAUUUCGCUACUCAGACUCCGAGCAGAUCGCCCGCUCUCCCACAAAACCAACAACUCCAAGGGCAUUCGACAAGCGGUCCGAAUUCAUCAUAUCCUUCCCCUUUUAGCAGUGUUCCCCCUAACGGUGGCUUCUCGCGUGGUUUGGGAGCAACUGGUUCACCUGACGACAGUGCUAGUCGGCCUACCACCGGUUACUCUUCUGUGAGCGUAUCCAGUAUGACUAGCAGUGGGUAUGGAAACGACUACCACCAUACGCACAGGCCAUCGAGUUCAACCGGUUUAGAAGGCCCUGGACUCAUUCGGCGACCGAGGGGUCGGAGUGAUUUAGCCGGUGUGGCCCCUUAUCCAUCGCAAGUGCAGCGGACCGGAAGUGCAAGCUCGUCCAGCUCGUCAUCUGUUACUCCAAUGGGGAUGGGAACGGGAAGGCCUUUUACCGCGCCAGACAGCAGACGAAAUGCAGGAAUGGAAGUGUUGACUUCGGGAUUGACACCGCCUGUUCAUUAUGCACAUGGUCAUCACACUACAAUGUCGAGCCAUGGGUAUGUCCCUCCGGGGACGGGAACAUCAGACGCGUCGUCGGCUCACUCGCCUCUCGCUCUUUCGCCCAACGCAACGUUUGCGUAUAGCGUUUCGGGUCCACCGGAUUCGCAACCACAGCAACACUAUGGAGCGUAUGGAAAUUCCUCGAGGCCUAGCACGGCUGCCGGACACGGGAUGGAAAGCGUACUCGAGGAGCCUGAGCAUGCACAUGCUUAUGGUGCUCACUGUAAGUAAGCCAUUUCCUUUUACACCACAGCCACUCGCGCCGUUGAGAGUGUGGGGGGCGGGGGUGAUAAUUGGAAAUGAUUUCGAAGACA